AAAUAAAAACUAGGACAUCAUGAAUAAACGUGUUGCUGGAACACUAUUUGCAGUGACCUCGGCCGCUUUGGGUUCCUAUUAUUAUGGUGGCUAUCAAGAACGCAAGAAAAUAAGUCAACUAUUGCCGCUGCAACAAGCCGAACUCUUGCAUAAGCAUUCUCAAAAACCUGGAUUUCCAUUGUUUGCCACUGUCUCAGCUGCCGUACCUGCCACCACAACCGAUGUGAGUCUAACCGCCACACCACAAAGAGUCGGAGAAAUUAUGAAAUAUGGUUUCCCCAGUUUAGAUUCAGUGCGUUCCUAUUCGGAUUUUGUACUCAGCUAUGAUCGUCGUAAUCGUGUUCCAUCCUGGGUAUUUGAACAUAUAACUGCCGAGUCCAUUGCCAAAAAUGAAAAUGUCGAUCGGUCGAAAUGUGAAUUUAAAACCGACGAAAGUAUACAUCCCUACUUCCAAUCACAAAAUUCUGAUUAUCGCCGUUCGGGUUUCGAUCGUGGACAUAUGGCGGCGGCUGCCAAUCACAGGCGUCAUCAAAAACAUUGCGAUGACACAUUUCAUCUUACCAAUAUGGCACCACAAGUUGGUCAGGGAUUUAAUCGGGAUUCAUGGGAACGUCUCGAGAGUCAUACACGAUCGCUGACAAAAAUCUAUCCCAAUGUUUAUAUUUGCACGGGCCCCCUGUAUUUACCCAAAAUGGAAGAUGAUGGCAAGAAAUAUGUUAAAUAUCAAGUAAUUGGCAAUAACAAUGUCGCUGUUCCAACACAUUUCUAUAAGAUUAUUGUCGGCGAAACGGCCGAUAAUCAUUUGGAAAUGGAAGCCUAUGUUAUGCCCAAUCAAGUGAUUAGUGAUGAUACACCCUUAUCUGUGUUCCAAGUACCGCCAGAGUCAAUUGAACGGGCUGCUGGACUAUUGUUUUUCGAUAAAAUCAAUAAGAAACAAUUGACAAAGAUUAAUGGUAAAAAAGUAUGA